GGUAUGUAGAUAUUCCUUUUUCGGGCGAUAGUACGUGGCUAGUUUCAUAGAUUUAACGUGUAUUAGUAUAUUGAAUAAACAUUUCGCGAAGAUGAUAACACUAUUCCUAUUGGUUUUAUCCCUAGCAUCGGCUAAUGCCUAUUUUAUUAGUGUCGAUGCCCAUGCCGAAGAGUGCUUUUUUGAUAAGGUGACAACCGGCACAAAGAUGAGCUUAAUGUUUGAAGUAGCAGAAGGAGGAUUCCUUGAUAUUGAUGUCAAGAUUCUUGGACCCGACGGAAAAAGUAUCUACUCUGGUGAUCGAGAAUCCAAUGGAAAGUACACGUUUGCAGCACAUAUGGACGGCAUGUAUAAAUACUGUUUCAGUAAUAAAAUGUCUACAAUGACUCCGAAAAUCGUUAUGUUUACAAUGGAUCUUGGAGAAAAGCCUAAGUCAGACAAGGAUGGGAUGGAAGCAGAUGCCCACCAUAAUAAAUUAGAAGAGAUGGUAAAUGAACUUUCCACUGCUUUGACCGGAGUUAAGCACGAGCAAGAGUAUAUGGAAGUACGAGAACGUAUUCAUAGAGCUAUUAAUGAUAACACCAAUUCAAGGGUUGUUCUCUGGUCCUUCUUUGAGGCUUUGGUGCUAGUUUGUAUGACUCUUGGUCAAGUUUACUACCUGAAAAGAUUUUUCGAAGUUCGCCGAGUUGUUUAG